GACAGACAGACAGACAGAAGCGCGGCCAGAGACCCAAAGAGAGGGAGAGAGACGUGGAGAACGUUCAGGGUUUAACACUUAUAUCGCGGUGAUUUGUUUCCCCUCCCACACGGACUCCAAAACCUUGCACUUGUCAUAAUCCAGCGUCAGCACACUUUGAGGGAAGCUAAAAGUGAGAUCCGACGUUGCACUCCUCUUGCGCCCGGCGCGCCUCGGUGUCCCCGCACGCAGAAGAAACGCUGGAAGAGCGCAAAGUGUCCGCUUCAGGAGAGGAGAGGACCGCUCCUCUGGCCAAGAAACUCCGCUUCAGCUUUUCAUGUCAACACUUCCAGUCCGAGUGUCUGCUUCACAAGUCUGGAAGAAGUGCAAAGAUCCGCUGACCGAGAGAUCCGCGACCGACUUGUGUGCUCAAUAUGUACCAGGGGCAUUUACAGGGGAAAGACUCUAGGGCUGCAGAUAAGACUGUUGCCAUGGUCCUGAAGGAGAUACCAAGUAAGGCGUCACCAGAAGGGAAGCCCCUCCUCACAGUGACUACCAAGCUGGUGAGUGAGCAACAAGAGAGCCGCCCGCUUUUAAGUCCCUCCAUCGACGAUUUCCUCUGCGAGACCAAGUGUGAUGGGCUUUCCCGCCCAGUGACUUCCAACACAGCUGUUCUAUCUUCAACACUGGACCUCCUGGAUCUCAGUGAACAUGGCGAAAGGAGGAGGAGCAAGGACAAAAGGAGCCCUCUCUCUUCCCGGUGCAACAGCCAGAAGAACAACUCCCACAGGAAGAAGACGGAUGAGACGGAGCUGAUCCAGGUGGAAGUUGAACAGACAGGACAAAGCAUGAGGACCGCAGAGAGGGCAUCACUAGACUCAGCUAACAUCGGUUCCACGUUGGAUAAAUGGGAAGAGCUGAACCCCAACCCUGAGAGGAAUGGCAACAGAAAAUGGAAGUUGGAGAGACGGCGUUCUUCUAAAAAUUCCUCCAAUGAGCUUCUGUGGUCCAUAGACUGUAAAACCCAAAUAGAGCCAUUGAACAAGAACUCAUUGGAAGUAAAUACCAAAGUGGAGCCAGAUUCUGCUUUAUCAUCUCAACUCAACAAGCAGUAUAUUAGUGGAAGACAUGCUCGCCUAGCCAAGGAGCAGCGGUGGGGCAGUGCCCUCCUGUCCAGACAUCAGUCCCUGGAGGAGGAGUUUGAGCGAGCAAAGGCAGCUGUUGAGUCAGAUACCGAAUUCUGGGAUAAGAUGCAGGCGGAGUGGGAAGAGCUCGCUCGGCGGAACUGGCUGACUGAAAACGAGCAGGCACAGAUUCCCUCCUCUGUCUCUCCACAUGAGAAGGGCUACUACUUCCACACAGAUAAUCCUUAUAAAGACUUGCCUAACGCAUUUGAAGAGGGACAAAAGAAGUCACGAGAGGGAGACUUGCAAAACGCUGUGCUUUUGCUGGAAGGAGCUGUCUUGCAGGACCCUCAAGAUUCAGAGGCUUGGCAAGUUUUGGGGACAACGCAGGCGGAAAAUGAGAACGAGCAGGCAGCAAUCGUCUCCCUCCAGAGGUGUUUGGAACUCCACCCAAACAACCUCCCAGCCCUCAUGGCUCUGGCAGUGAGCCUGACCAACACCGGUAUGCGAAAUGAUGCCUGUGAGGCCCUGCUCCGCUGGCUGCGACACAAUCCAAAGUACAAGCACCUGCUGAAGGGCAAGACCAACCUGAUGGGAUCCCCGAACUCCCAACGCAGGAUGUCUACGGCUCCCAACGUGGGCAGAUACGAAAGCGCCCUGUUGCCCGAGGUGAAGGAGCUCUUCCUGGAAGCGGUUCAGCACAACUCUGACAGCAUCGACCCGGAUUUGCAGACCGGCCUCGGAGUGCUCUACAACCUCAGCGGCGAGUUUAACAAAGCCGUGGAGGCCUUUAAUACGGCCCUGUCAGUGCGGCCCGAGGACUACUUGUUGUGGAACCGCCUGGGGGCCACACUGGCGAACGGGGACCGGAGUAAGGAAGCGGUGGAGGCUUAUACACGAGCCCUAGAGCUGCAACCGGGGUUCAUUAGGUCCCGCUACAACUUGGGCAUCAGCUGUAUUAACCUGGGGGCACACAGAGAGGCAGCCAGGAACUUCCUGACUGCGUUGAGCCUUCAGAGGAAGAGCCGGAGUCGCCAGCAGUCCCACCAGGUGAUGUCUGGAAACAUCUGGGCUGCGCUGAGGAUAGCUUUAUCCAUGAUGGACCAGCCCGAACUCUUCCAGGCUGCAAAUAUUGGUGACCUGGAUCUUCUCAUGCGGGCCUUCAACCUAGACGUUUGAGGAAUGGGAGGUAGUGACAAUAGCAUCUCCCCUCUUACUUACCCUUCAAUUUCUACCCAACAGCCAAUAGCCCAAAGUGCACACAUCAGAAUGGAUUGGAUCUGAUGUUAGAGAUAAUAGUGUGCUUUUUAUGCACGGAAUUAUUACAGUCGUCAAAGUUGUCGUAUUUCUUUCGUCCAAGUACUUGGAGCAGUUCUGAAUACAGGUUCCUCUAAGUGCUUGAAGUAACUGCUUUGUGACGGAUUUGCACUGCAAUUUGUGAUUUCCCUGAAGAGCACAAGGACGGGCAAAGAUUGUACGAGCAACGCCUUAGAGAACACAUCAAUUAAAAACUGACUCAUCCAGUGGAACAGAGCUGAGCCAGAGCAGACAGUAUGAGGAUCUCACGCAGGAACCCUCACAUGCUGUUUGCAGGGAAAAGAUGAGGUUUUGAGAAAGAAAUGAAAAGGUUUGUUAUCCAAUUACUUUCAAAGACUCAAGACUGUCUCGCCCCCUGAAGGAUGGAUUUAGUGAGCAAAUGAUGAAGACUGCACCAUAUGACCUGGAGUUCCCAAUUCUGUUCCUGGCUUGUUUUCAUCCUCUUGCAAUGGAGAAUAACGAUACUGCAUGAAUAAGCAUUUUCAUAGAUGGAUUCUUGUUUAAAAUUAACAUACUUUUAGAAGUUUACCCUUUGCACUUCAGACAAACAGAUCUUCCUCAACCCAAGUGGAAUGUGCAAGCCAGGUUGUAAAGCCUUACUCAAAUGCAUGCCAACAACAAUAUUUCUAUUUCUAUACAAUUUGUAUGGCAACAUGAACACACUAAGCAUUUUCACACUGGUUUUGAUUUCUUUUAAUAACCGCCAUCUUAAAAGCUUUUUGAGACAUUAUUUCUUUUGUUUUGUUUUUUAUUUUUAGAUGGGGGGGGGGGUGAUCCUAGCUUCUCUUUGUUCCCUUUAUGCUGACUGGUUGGAGAAAUACACACAAAAGCUGGGCAACAUUGACUAGCUAAUCCCUCAUUAGUGUGGAAACUUUCAACAACAAAACAAAAGUUAUUACUGGUCUAAAAAUGUCUCUUUCCUCCUCUAGCAUGGCUUUAGUGACCCUUGCAUUUGAUCAUACUCACAUUUUCUUAUUGGUAUUAAUUAUAGAGACCUAGGGAAGUGUGGGGUGUUUCUUAAAGCAGUCAUUUGUAUCCUUGCAUUUAACGAAACUCAUACGUUGAAUUAAAUUAAUCUGCCUCAACCAUCAUGCAUGAUUUA